GAAAGAGAAAAUAAAAACACAUACAGAGACAGUCCUCUUCUCUUCUAUAGAGAGGCUCGAGGGAAGAGAAGAGAGAUCGAACAAACAUAUUCACUUUCCUUGAAUCUAAAGUCAUGGUGUUUUGCAAUCCCGUGGGGACCCAACUCACCUCCAUGAACAAUUCUUCUUCUAAGACUCUCUGUUUUACUCUUUCAAAACAACCAUUUUUUAAGCACUUUUUUCCCUCCUCGUUUUCUCUUUCAGAUUCUUAUCUUCUCUUUUCCUCUUCUUCUUCUUCUUCCAAGGAGGAAACUUCAUAGCCCCAUUUCUUCCUUUUUCAGCUCUCUCCAUUACUUUUUAAUCACUAGGUUUUUUGUUUUUAGAUUUUCAAAAAGUAUCAUAUACUACUAAUACUAGAUAAAGGAGAGACCUUUUUUUUUAUUGGCUUUUCUUCAAAUUUCUUCUGUGGGUUUUGAUUGUGGGAGGAGGGAGCUCAAUAUUUCAAGGAAGAGAUUGAAUCUGUCUGUACAAGUUUAGGUGAAGUCAUAAUUAGUGUGGAUUGAAUCAAAUUGAGCUGAGCAUUUCAUGAAGUUGAAAUUUUCAGCAUUCAAUGGUGGCUUGACAUGUUCUUGUUUUUGGCACAAUUGAAAACAAGAAGAAGAAGGCUUUUUUGUUUGGUUCUAUCUGAAAAUCGGCCUAAUCUCAGCAUACUACUGACGUCGGAUCACAUAUACAGAAGUGGUGCAUGUUGAACAAAAGACAAAAAAAGAUAAAUAGAAAUUUCAAGAGUUGAUCAUUCUUCAAUAUGGGAAAGCGAGUGCAGAAAAAUUCUGUUUAUCGGGACAAAACUCAGGCAGGUUGCAUUUCGGGUUUGAUUAGUAUCUUUGAUUUCCGGUAUGGUCGUUCAUCUCAAAAGUUGCUCCCUGAUAGGAGGCAUGGGAGUAACAGGCUUUCUAUUGGUAAUGGAUAUUCAAAGAAAAAACUCAAGCUAUUGACUGAUGCUGAAGGAGCCCGCGAAGGCAGCAAUGACGGUGAUGAAAACAGAACAUCAAAGAUUGAUAUUUGUAGAAGAAGUGUAAAGAAGCUCAUGGAAGAAGAAAUGUUCAGUCAGAAGCAACCGAAAAAGAAGACUCGUACUGCUUCAGUGGAGUUUCAAGAGCCAGAAUACUCGCACCUGGACCUAGUUUCAUUAAUGGAAGAAUUUUGCAACCAUGUACAUCAGCGUCUAAACAAGGGGGAUUCUUCCGAUGGACAGGAAUCUACUAGUUCCACAAGUAAUGAUCAUCUUGAUGAGCUCGAUUUACAGUUGGUUCAAAAACAUACUAUUCUUGAAGAGAAACUAAGUGAAGCAGCCGAGGCUUUUUUGAGUCAGAAGUUUAUUGAUUCUGGGCAAAUAACAGAUGAAGCGAAAAUUCAACAGACCAAACAAUUCAUGGAUGCACUGGAUAUAUUGAACUCGAACAAGGAACUACUUUUAAAACUUCUUGAAGAUUCUAAUUCAUUGCUGGUGAAACACAUCGAAGACCUCCGGGGUUCUCAAUCAGAAAAAGGUGAGCCAAAGAAAUCAGUAACGAGAACAAAAGCGUCUGAACAGGAGAUUGAUAAUUCAACCCAAUGUCAGGAGCUUGUUGUUCAUAAAGAGACUCCUAAACAAAAUAUGUAUAAAUUUUUCUGGAGAAAGGUCAAGUCGGAGAAUAAAAAUGCACCCAAAGAGGUUGAUAGCCCACGUGCUUCAAACAGAAUAGUAAUUCUAAAGCCAAACCCAGCAGCCAUUAUAAAUCCUGCAGCUGCAACUAGCCUAAAUAGUCCCCGCUCCUCAACUCAGUUCCUUUAUAGUCCGGUGGGAAAUCAGGAACAAGGCGGUACAUUGCACUCCAAAUUUUCACUUAAAGGAAUUAAAAACAAGUUGAAGCGCGUCAUGGGAGAAAACAGAAAAGAGCAGCACAGAAUUUCCAUGGAUGCUAUUUUACACAAAAUUCCAAAUGACAAUUCAGCGGAUUGCAGUAGAGAGUUUUCAGGGGAGCUAAGUGGGAGACAACUUCAGAGAAAAUCUUCUUACAGGGAAAAUUCAGAUAAGCCGGUGAACAGUGAUUCUUUAGAUGACCAUGAAGUUACUUCAGAAAAGGAUAAAAGUGUAACCAUUGAAGACUCUGGAUAUUCAAAGGAAAGAGAAGCUGACAUCUACGCCGAGGCCAAAAAACAUCUUGCUGAUAUGUUGAGUUAUAGGGAGGAAGAUCGGGAUUUGUCAGCAUUUAAAGUUUCAAAAAGCUUGGGAAAGACACUGUCGCUUCCUGAUUAUGUCUCACCACCUAUUUGCAGUCCUAGGGACUCUGAUCAUCCAUUCAUAACAGCACAGAUGAGAUUUUCCUUUUCUGACAAUUUAAAAGUUGUCGGUGAGAAGGUUUGGCAGCCUUUAAACCCAGAACUUUCAACUACAUCUAGCCAAAACUUUGAAACUGAGCUGCAUACAGACGAUGACUUCCAAACAGACGAUGACAUCCAAAUCCAAGCUCUUGACCUGAAUCCAGAUACCUCUCGAGAGUGUCCAGAGACUGUAGUUGAAGAAAGCAACUUGGCUUUGGAGGGAGAUUCCACAGAAGAAGAAACGAUUGCGGCAGUGCAUAUAGAAGAAAGUAAGUCCUCUGAUGAUCCCUGUGAAUCAAAUACUGGUGUGCCCGCCGACGUAAAAAUCUCCAGUACUGAGACAGACGGAACUUCAGAGGAAGAAGGAUCUUCAGGGAGCUUGAUGGAGGAAAACACAAAUAAUGAACCAUCCAUGUCUUCGUUGGAGUCGAGUUGUUUACUUGACCUGAAGGUUGAAGCUCUGGAGAGCUCCAGUGAUGGCGUUCCAGCAUGGGAAAGUCCAGUAUCUGUUCUCAAGCCAUUCUUUCUAGACGAUGCCAGUAGCCCUGCAACUCCCAAAUCUGACCGUGCUGAAUUGAAAAUAAAACCUGUAAGAAUCUGCUUCGAUGAACGCGAUUCCACUGUUGUGGUGGUAUCCCCUUCAGACCCUGAGCUACAUUCAGCAGCUUGUAUUGAGGACAGGAAACCAACGUAUGAGUAUGUAAGAGCCGUAUUGCGUGCCUCAGGCUUGAGCUGGGAUGAAUUCACAAGUAGCUAUGAAUCCUCAAGCCAUCUUCUUGAUGCAUCUUUAAUUGAUGAAGUACAAGUUCCAUCAAGUCGACUUUGUGGUGAACCAGAGUUGAUCUUUGACUGCAUCGAUGAAGUUCUUGUGGAUUUAUACGAACGAUACUUUGGGUGCCCACCUUGGUUAAAAUUUGUCAAGUCUGAUAUUCGGCCAGUUCCGGAGGGGAAUAGCAUCAUUCAAGAAGUAUGGGAUUUUAUUGACAGCAAUCUCAUACCUCAACCUCAGCCAUGUACAUUGGACCAUAUUGUUGGAAAAGAUUUCAAUAAAGAAGGAUCAUGGGGAAACCUGCGGUUAGACAUUGAAGACAUUGGUAUUGAGAUCAGUGAAGCUAUUUUGAUUGAACUGAUACAAGAUGCCGUAUUCGACAUGCGUUCCCUGGUAGAGCUUACAAGCUGAAAAGAGGAAGAUCAGAUUUUGGGUUCUUUGCAAAAAAGAGUCACUCAGACUCUUGUGUGAGUCUUUGAAGUGAAGGUUGGUUACAGAAUAGGACAUGGUGAAGGCUGCUUUUCCUUAUCUCCUGUUGGAUGCUUGGGUUUUGGGCACACCACUAACAUAGUUCUUACCAAGUCAAGAAGGCAAGAAUGGACGCAGAAACGAUUAAAGGAUUUUGCAGUGUGAAGAUGGAAUUGCAAGUCUUGAGAGGUUUUCAUAAUGAACUUAAAACCGAUUGAAGGAUGAAUUGAAGCCGACUUAUUCUUCAUUCUCGGUUAUGUUAGGUUCAUUGCGCGAGUAUUUGUCCUUUUUGUUCUUUCUUUGUACAGUUUUUUCAUCCUGAAAUGCUUUUGUCCUAGUAGGCUUGGUGCAGUAUUAGAGUGUUUUAUGUAAAAUGACAGUAAAAGCAAAAUACAAAAAGGAAAGGGUUUUCAGUAUAGUUUUGGCAGAUAA